GUUUGGAUUCGUAGGCAUCUUUAGAAAACAUUUUAUUAGACUUCAGUUGUCGUUCGUCGAAAGCGGAACUACAUAUAUUUAGUAUAGUUUGCACCCGGAAUGGCUUAUCAGUUGGACGUUUUUGCUCAUGUUGAUUACAGUGAUGUUGACAUGUGAGAGAUAUUUGGUUAUUUUAAUAGUAUAGUAAUGGACGCGACAGUAAACACAGCCUGUUUAGACACAGAAGCUGAGUGUAAAACUAAAGAGGCUGUGACGCUGCCGUUAUCAGAGACCAGACUGGUUUGUAUUGAAUAUCCGGGUUUGGUUAAUAAUGUGGACAAAAUGCUGGAGACUGUUGGAGGGGAACAAGGGCUGUCUAAGACGUACGGAGACUCGUCCAAACGGCUGGAGCUGCGGUAUCGUCCUAAGGACCUUUACUGUCACCCUGUAUGCGGGAAUCGCUAUUCUUCCACCAACCUGCUCAUUCGAGUACGGCGUAGGACAAACAGACACAGCGGGGAAUCUCAAAUCAUCAUGGAGAUCCUGGGCCUCAUAGACACCACUUAUAAAUUUCAGGGAAUGGCAGAUUUUCAGUACCUGGCUAUGCACAGAGAGGCAGACGGAUCCCAGAUAUCUUUGUAUGACAAGAUUUUGUUGCGUAAACCUGAAAAGAAGGAGUUCUUUGACCAAGCUGUGCCUCUCUUCGUCCCACCUCCUAUUUUCUCUCGUCUGGAUAAUCCGAUAGAUUACUACUAUAGGCCAGAUGUUGCACACAAAGAAGGAUCCGCUUCACAUUUGAUUUCUAAAGAGAACCUGAUCGGUCCAAACCGAGCCCGGAGAUCCCACAAUGCCAUUUUUGUGAGUUUUGAAGAUUUAACUGUACCCACUGAGCCACUAGAGGCUGCUAAGUCAAACUGGCAGAAAAACGCUAUGCACCACAGUGACCUGAAGGCAGAGGAGGAAAUGAGGAAGCUGUUCGAAAGACGGCCCAUAUGGUCCCGCAACGCCAUCAAAGCCAACAUCAACAUUCACCCGGAGAAACUGAAGCUCCUGCUCCCCUUUCUGGCGUAUUACAUGUUGACCGGGCCGUGGAGAAGCCUGUGGGUGAGGUUUGGUUACGAUCCCCGUCAGAACGCAGAGGCCAAAAUCUACCAAGUUCUGGACUUCAGAAUCCGCUGUGGAGUGAGACAUGGACACAGCUUCAAUGAAAUACCAGUAAAGGCUAAAAGAAGUGCUUAUCAGUACACUCUUCCCACCUCGGUCAACAAGGCAGCUCCCCAGGCAGCUAGUUUGAAGGACAUCAACCAGGACAGUUCAUCAAGCAUGUUAUCCUCAACAUCAAAAUACAUUCUUAAGGAUUCGGUUUACAUUUACCGCGAGGGAAUGUUACCACCCUACCGACAGAUGUUUUACCAGCUGUGUGAUCUGGAUGUAGAGAAAAUUAAGAGCAUCAUCCAUAAAAAUGACGGGGUCGAGGAAGUCUGCGACGAGCGCGACGGCUGGUGUUUGCCACGGACCGCGGACGAGCUCAGAAACAUCAUCUCGUCCAUGAUCACGCAGGUGGCACGAGCCAAAAGACCUUCUCUGUCUUCCCCGAAGCUGAGGCCUGUCCGGGCCGGACGUAAAAUCGAAGAGAGUGGCGAGGAUGAAGACGACAACGAUGACCAUGGCGAUGACGACGACGAUGAAGAUUACAAGCCUGAAGGGAGUGAAAAUGAAAUGGAGACAGAAAUGCUUGAUUACAUGUAAACUAGACCUGUGGACUUUAAGCUGUUUACAUUGACUUAAGUUACAUAUUUAAUCUGGAAUAUGUAUGUUUUUCUAAAAAAAACCUGUCUUUUGUAAAAGAAUUAUUUGUUCAAAGGCUGAGUUUUGUUCAGAAAUACAGAGCGUGGACCGAUGCAUAAAUAAAGAAAGAAAUUAGGCCUGAAUAUUUUUUUAAUAGCAGUCAUACAGUAUCACUGACAUGAAAGACGGAUAUGCGAACUCAUGCGUACCGAUAAAUCUGUUUUAUCUUAUAUUUCCAUAAUGAAACAGAAAAGAGAUAAAGCUGCAAAAUUGUCUUUAGAAAUGCAGCAGGUGUGUGUUAAGAGAAAGAGACGCAGGUGUAAGCU